AUGAAUGGGGCCUCUUUCGCUAUUUCAUCUUUGACCCAAACACUUUUGGCCACUCAGAUCCUCAGGGAGAGGCCUAUAUCUCUUUUGUGCGGCCAUUAUUACGAAGAAAGCUCCGAAUUUGAGCGGUAUCAAUCCAACCAGACUCACGUUGUACCCCACCAAACUUCUUACGAUUUUGAUUUGGAGAAGAAUGUACCAAAUUAUAUGUCAACGAACCCGGAGUCAGCCCGUUCCUCAACAAAGUUGCAUAAGAUCUACCAGUCUAUCCCUCCAGAAAAGACGGUUCACUUCAUCGUUCAACUCCCUCCAGAUAAAGAUAUGUCUUUCUACGGAAUCGUCACAUCAUUCUCAAGCAACUCCAACUCAAUAACAUAUUUAUCCCUUGGUCAUGGUAUCCUACAUCUACAACGAAUGAAGCCCGAAAACGGAAACAUCAAGAAUCGGAACAGUCCAACACUCCUUCUAAGCGAUUACAUGCAG